GCACCUCCCGGCAGACCCGCCGCCGCUAACGCCGCUCGAGAGCGCAGUCGGGUUCAAACCCUGCGCCAUGCCUUCCUCGAGCUGCAGAAGACUCUCCCCUCUGUGCCGCCCAACACCAAGCUUUCCAAGCUGGAUGUGCUUCUCCUGGCCACCACCUAUAUCGCGCACCUCACUCGCAGCCUUCAGGAUGAGGAAGAGUCACCGGGAGAGGGCUUGGGUACCCUCCGAGGGGAUGGAUACCUCCACCCUGUCAAGAAAUGGCCAAUGCGUUCCAGGUUAUACAUUGGAGCUACAGGACAGUUUUUGACUCACUCGGCACAAGGAGAUGGCGCAAACCAAGGAGAAACAUCAACAACUUCACAAAUCUAA